AUGACGGCAGCCGAACUUGUCUAUUCUGCAACGAGUGAUAAGCUUAAAGAAGUGGAUUGGACGAAAAAUAUUGAAAUCUGUGAACUAGUCGCUUGUGAUAGCGGGUACAUUUCUUGAGACACGUCUCUUGUACUUUCCUUUCCUGCAGUUGUUUCCAAUAUCAGUGUCCUGAUGGCUACUGCUUGCCAUCAUGUAAAUUUUCUCUAAUGCAAUAUAUCACUAAUAGUAGCAGUAAAGUUAUGGUCGCUUAACAGAAAAAACAGUAAUGAAUGAUAGAAAGGACUGCCGUUUUAUAGGUAUGUAGUGAUGUUAAUCGCUAUACAAGGUCCCAAGUGCUUUAUUUUUCCUGCAUUGUCUGAGCUGAAUGCAGGUUCCUGUAAAAGGUGUGCCAUGAAUUACUGGGAGAGAAGUGUCUUGAAGAUACCUAGUGUUCUUUUCAUACCAGCAUGUACUCUAUUGAGAUACGAAAGAACAGUCAUUGCUCUCCUUUUCCACCAAAAAAAAUGUAGAAAAGAAACGUUUAUGUACUUUUGUUUUAGCCAAAAUGACUUUCAUUCAUCAUUUUCCCAAUAUCCUUGGUCAAUAAUAUAAUUCGGUUAUGAAUACGUUUUUUCAUGUCAUCUUGAUACUACCACCCUGUAACAUAUUUCAUUUUCAUGUAAGCUCGUGUAGGGGAUUUACUUCUUCACUGUGUGCCAUGAUUGUUAAUGUAAAUAGCCGGUCACGUCCUUAUUACUGGAUUUGUAAGUCAAGUGUCUCUAGGCUGUGGAGUUGCUUUUGUUCUCUAAUGGAGAAUUCCUCAUAUGUCCGUUAUUCCAAAGGAUAAUGUCAUCUCGCAAACUACAUUUGCAUUUAGAGUCUCGAUGUUGAAGAGAUUGUUACACUUGUAUUACUACUAUAUGAAGAAAAGGAGCUUACAGAUUCUGCUUUCUAAAAUGUGUAAUAAUCAGCGGGAAAGUAUCUAAAUUGAAGCUGACCUGUAGCAAAAGGUUUCUCCUAAUUGCAGACUAAAUUCAGGUGAAUAGUGGUCAUCAUAUAUCUUCCAGUUCUUUUAGUAUGUGUUGCACUGUCAGGGAAACCUAGCGUUAGCAGACAACCAACCUCUUUCAAAUCAAUGUCAAAACCUGCUGAUGGUGCUAUGUAGCCUUGUCUUUGCUGGGCUUCCACAUGUAACAUUUUUUUCUAAAGGUAUUAGCCUAUUAAUUAAGUUCCCUGGCUAAACUCAGAGUCUCUAAAUCCCUGAUUUUAUAUGCUUAGAAUGCUCUUUUUUCCUUCAUACUUCCAUAUUACAUUCGUUCGGUUUGAUCAGCGAAACUCCAUCUAGAGUUUAGAAAGUUUGUUUUGACUUUUCUUUAUCUGCUCCUUGCUUCACAAUUGGGUAUAGAAGUAGAUAUCUUUGUUGAAGUGGAUAAUAAUUACUUAUUCUGUUUUGGAGUACCAGCCAUGCUAAGGAGGUAAUCAAAUCUAUCAAAAAGCGUCUUGGGAAAAAAGAUCCAAAUGUUCAGCUUUAUGCUGUAAUGGUAAGUUCAUGUUUUCCACUUGUAUUGAAAUAUCGUUUUUAAAUGAUUCAACCAUUCUAUAUUUUAUUAAAUGAUAGAGCUUUCGUUGACUGUGCUUUCAUUGCGAAGGGUAUUUCCUUUUAAGUGGCAUUCUUCAAGUAGGUUCAACAAGUUUCGGUAACUUACAGCCUUUGUUGUGACUCUGGGGCUUAUGUAUUGCUGAUGUUUCUACAUCACUAAUCAAUUUGACUGAUUGGUGAGAUGUGACGACCUACAUAUUUGGCAAACUUAUGUCAACUUAGCUUUUUCAAGAAAUAUAUGUGAAAAAGGAGAUCGUAUUUUCAUUCUUUGCCGUUUCAGUGGGGGCCAUCUGAAAGAUCUAAUGAUUGUAGGAUGUAUCCAUUGUUCAUGUUAUCCAUGUGAUUAGUGGAUUAUGGGCCUCUGCAGUCAGAGAAAGUCCAAACUUCGUUCACGCUUAAACAGAAGAGUGGCAGCUAAGCUGUCGUUCUUUGGAGCUAGACAUUAUGUGUAAAAUAAUGUUUAGGCGUCUCUUUUACGUUUUAGUGGAAUUUUUAUUCUAGAACAACAUGCAAUUCAGACGUUUAGCUGGCAUGAAUAUCACUCCCAUGAUCUGAUUUUCCUCAUGCUGAUGACACGUCUUAGUUCAUGAGAAGCUGGACGUUUUCUGCAAAAGUUUUCAGUGUGCAUAACAAAAACAAAGGUUGGGAUUAUUUAUUGUUCAUGCCAGAAAUUUUCAGAUAAUUUGCUUACGCUGUUUACAUUUUUUCACCAGCAGUUAGUCUUGGAAAAUUUCUGCUUAUGGGAUGCUUCUUUGGAGCCGUCAUUGUUAGUUAUUUCCCACAAUAACUUCUCAACAAUUGUUCAGUUGACUUGAUAUUUUUAAUGUUAUCAUUGAGGUUAAAGAGUACUGUUUUCGUGUGUGUGAGCUUUCACAACUAUGACUUCAGGGUGUUAUGGUUGUGAAGAGAUUCAUGAGCAUUUGGGAAUCUCUUUGGUUUAAUGUAUCGCCUGUGUGAUGUGUCUGUGGGUACUAGAUAGAUUUGAGCGUGUGCUCUACAAGUGGUUUGAACUGAUUGCUUCAUUUUUGCUUGAUUUUUGUCUAUAUAUUUUCUUUGGGUGUAUUGACCCAUAUCAAUGUUUAGUGCGCGUAAGAUAUAUAACUUGUGUCAAUUGUCCUGGGAAGAUUCUUCAUAGUGAAGUAACUUGAUUAUUUUUUCGUGGUAUAGGGUUAAAAAACUUUUGAUGAUCGUGAUGAGAGUUUCUGAUUGGUGUAUGAAAAGAGAAUGAAAAUUUGGCUCCUUUCUCUACUCCAUUUAGCGAUGAUUAUAAUGAUGGACCCUAUUGGCUGUUGUUUUUGAGUGGGAUGGCCUAAGUAUCAUAGCAGGUCCAGCAUUCGGUAUUUUUGGUUUCUUUUAUGUGCAUUUAUUUUCCUGGCUAUUUUUAUUGUUCGUGGAGAUCAUUGCAUCGUGUAAACCCAGUAUAUUUGAUUUGUCGAGGGAAUUAAAUGUUUUGAUGUUAGUGCAGCUGUUAGAGACGCUUGUGAAUAAUUUUGGAGAGCGUAUUCACAAACUGGUUAUAGAAAAUGAUCUUCUCCCCAUACUUGUAAAGAUUGUGAAGAGGAAGGUUUGUUAAGUUUCACUUAGAAACCCUGUCAUUUGUUAUUGCCUUGAAGAUUUUUUUCCCUGUACAACUUAUGCCCUGUUUUGCAGACAGAUUUUCCAGUUCGUGAGCGGAUUUUCCUCCUUUUAGAUGCUACACAAACUGCCCUGGGCGGAGCAUCUGGGAAAUUUCCUGAAUACUAUGCUGCUUAUUAUGACCUGGUGGUACGUAUGGGAUAAGCAUGCAAAAGUGUUUAUGAAAUAAGUGUUGGUACUGAAAUAGAGGCAAGGAAAUCCGUCAAUUUUAUUCGUCCUUUCAUUAGAGUCAUUGCCAUAAUUCUUUUGUACAAUCAGUUCCUUUUUUUCCUCACUGACAGUUUAGCAAUAUCAGAUUUACCCCUUCCAGAUUAAAAAUGUCAUUCUUUGCUUAAUACAAUUAGCAAUUUAAGUUUUUUAAUCCAUAUUCUCAUGUUAAAUAUGAUGUAAUGAUUAAAAAAUUGUCCUUUUCAGUCUGUUCGCGUGCAGUUUCCCCAACGCCCUAGUGCUCAUCAAAGCCCUGCUUUGACAGCCGAUACAAAUGGUUUGUUGAACCAGCAAUCUGCCAUCUCAAAUAAUGAAAGACACACGCAAAAGGGUUCUACACAGUCAUAUGGAGACUCGAGGUAUAUGGAAUUAAUAUCAUGUGUUAUUUUCCUCAUCUUUACCGUAAGCAGAACUCCCCCGCUAAUGAAAAACAGAAAUAUGGAAAGCUGAUAACAAUACCGUCAUCUUCAUAAUCUGCAGAAAGAAGAAAGCAUUUUGUGUUUUAAGAGGAACAUGGGUUUAUUAUCCGAAACAUAAUUCAGCACGUGUUACAAUCAGAUUUCUCAUCUUCAUGAACAUAAUGCGUUAUUGAAUAAAUAGAAAUUUUUAUUUAUCUUUUCUGUAUGUGAGGGUGUCUUUAGUUUGAUACAUUAGUUAAAAGGGCUCUUCAUGCAGAAAAUGUUCAUGAAAAGCUGAUCAGGUUAAGUGCUGUUAGCCUAGUUUUUUACUCAGUGAAUUGUCGGUCCCUGGUCACCAUUGCGCAUGCAUUUUAGUUAGUUUGUAGGGACGAGUGCUGUUGUCUGGGUUUCCACAUUUUACAGUGUGAUUCAAAGGAUCUGGCAUUCUAAUGGCGAAUCAAUAUUCUUUGCCUGAUGUCUUUUCCUCUCACUUGAUCUAUUGCAGUAUCAUUCACAAGGCUGCGAGUGUUUUGGAGGUUUUGCAGGAAGUAUUAAAUGCUUUGGAUCCUAAAAAUCCCGAGGUAUGAUUUAGACAUUAGAGUGCAGAUUUUUCAAGUGUAGGUAACUACAGAAAAUAUUUCGUGUGAUACAUAAGAGAGCAAUGAUCCUAGCAUUCAAGUUAUUGGGCUCUUAACAUCAAUUUUACCAGAUAAGGCACCUACGAAAAAUUUCACUCUCUACUGCACCUUUGAGAUGUGACUGGGGAACGAAGGGGAGAAGGCAGAAAGAAAAGUAAAUGACGGAAUUGGGGAAAAAAGGAAAGAUAAAUGAGAGUUAAAUUGUAUUUUUCUUUAACAUCUUCCCUCAAACUAUAUUAACUUCGUAUUCCACUACCAUCACCAUUCUUUGAAUUUCACCUCGUCGGAACUGUGGGUCUGGUCAGUUCACUUGGGUCAACUUGCUUUGACUUGAUCAAUAAUCGUGUGUGCAGGGAGCAAGUGAUGAAUUCACCUUGGAUCUUGUCGAACAAUGCUCUUUCCAGAAGCAACGUGUCAUGCAUCUUGUAAUGACUUCACGGUAAUUCUCAUCUGCUUUCUUUCUUAUUCUGUCGUUACAUCAUUAGCUCAGUUUCCUUAAGGAGAUCACACUGUUCCUAUGACCUUCUAGAUUACUCUAGCUUGUUUUUUAUCCUUCAAAAUGAAACCAGUACCUUACUUUUGUCUGAAAUUUGCAUUCGCAAGUUGGUGCCAAUUUGAUUAGACAGCAAGUGCGUGAUUUCACACACAUCAGCAUACACUUACUUUGAGGUUGUACUUUGUCUAUAAUCCUAAAAUAGUGGUGCCAUGGAUGAUGAAGGUGAUUUUGUCAGGCAUAUUGGUUGGCAAUUCGCGGAAUAUUUACAAGCUGUUAGUCUCACAAACUUGUUUUUACGGUAGUGGUAAAAAAGACUGGCCUUCCCCUUGUUUUGAUAGCAAGUUAAACCAUCGAACUUUCAGCAGUUUUCCUGGUCUACACGUACCAGAGGCAUGCUUUCAUAUCUUGCUUUCUAGUGUUGAGUGAUUGUAAAAGAUCUUGUUAUCGAAAAGGGUGUUGUUCAUUCCACUAAUGCUCCUACCAGAUUUAAACGGAAUGUUCUGCUUUCUUCAGGGAUGAGAAGUUGGUGUCCCGAGCCAUUGACCUUAAUGAGCAGCUGCAAAAGGUGCUGACUAAACAUGAUGCACUUCUCUCCGGAGGUGUUACCUCCUCCGUGAGUUCUUUUGAUCAUGAGCAAGUAGUAGAAGAAGAAGAAGAAGAUGCAGAUUGUCUUCUUCGCAGGUCGGUUAUCAGUCUGUUUUAUGCCCAAAUCACUUAAUAAGAUUAUUGAUCGCAGUGAUCUUUAUAUGUAAAAGUUCGAUGGAACAUGGUUUCUCGAUCAGAAUGUAAUAUACAUAUUUAUAUGUAUUACAUUACUUACAUAUAAUAUUAUUCUUAUUGUGCAUCUAUGGGCACAUACUAAAAAUGAUGCCCACGUUGUGAUAUAAUGUGGAUCCAAGGAACAUUGAUCGAAAGAACUGGUUUAAAUCGAAUUACAUGUAUGCCAUAUAUCGAAUUACAGUGUAUAUGGGAGUAGAAAUCACAAAUACAUCAUGAAUUAUUUUGCAUUUUAUUAUCCCCUUGUUAUUUGGUUACAGAUUGCGGAAAGGGAAAGCUUGUGCAAAUGACCAUUCAGAGACUUUCUCCGGCUCAUUUGGCUCCGCUCGUGGAGAAAGACUAGGCAGGCCUGUUUCACGGGCACUUUGCAUAGAACCAUUGGAUUCAAAUGGUUCGACGCCUUCGGUUCCAAUUCCCCCACCCCCAUCCAGGUCUGCAGAGAGGGAGAAGUACUUCAAGGAGAAGAAAGUGGGGGAUGGUCCAACCUUGGCUGGACACAUGCGGGGCCUCUCCCUGCACAGCAGCAGCAACGACAGCAGCUCUUGUGGAGGCAGCGUGGACCUAACUGAGCAAGGCCAUCUUGGUGUGACUGACGGCAACCGACCAUGA